UACUAAAGAAGGCAACAAACAACAGGCGACGGAAACCAGUAGCGCAAGCUAGCUGCGUCGAGCAACUCGUUGCGGACAGAAGGGUACUUACCAAGUCCUUUCCCCCCCCUACAUCUGAGCCGACCUCGCUUAUAGACCCUUUCAUCGUACAAAAACGUCAUGGCCCAGGAAACUAACUCAAGCCCAGUGCCCAUUCUGUGCACCACUGGCUGUGGUUUCUAUGGCAACCCACGCACCAAUGGCAUGUGCUCAGUGUGCUACAAGGAGCAUCUGAACCGACAGAACAGUGGAGUCAGCCCACUCAGCUCUAUGGGUUCCAGUGGUCCCUCCUCUGAGGUCUCGGCCAUCCAGCGGAUAGAGGCCACUCUGAGUGAAGCGGUCAGUGGGAUGGAGUCAGCCAGUGCAUCGGCUGCAGUAGCAGCGGCAGCAGCAGCUCUGCCAGUCACACAGCAGAUGACUGAGAUGAGCAUCUCCUGCCAGGAGGAGGCGCCAGAGAACAUAGAGCCAGUGCUGACCCAGCCUGUGGCCUCUCCCACUCUGGCCACAGACGGGGCUGAGGAAGCCAGAGCACCAGAGCCCCCCAAACCCAAGAAGAACCGCUGCUUCAGCUGCAGGAAGAAGGUUGGCCUCACAGGGUUUGACUGUCGCUGUGGAAACAUCUUCUGUGGCAUUCACCGCUACUCCGACAAGCACAACUGCCCUUACGACUACAAGGCCGAGGCGGCAGCCAAGAUCCGUAAGGAGAACCCAGUGGUGGUGGCCGACAAGAUCCAGAGAAUAUAAGGACCCGUACGGUCUGCCUCACUGUUCUGUUGCGUCCUGCUCGGCAGGACCGAUUGACUAAUGGACUCGCAUUCUCCAGCGAUGGAAAGACUUAGUUUUUUAAAAAUUACAAGAUGUGUCUUCAGCUGGUGCAUGGAGCGAUUUCCCCCUCCCCCUCCAUCCGUUAUCUCCUUCUGCCCCAACUCUCCAGGCCUUUCCUCUUUCUGGUGUUUAAGCUUCACUUUUCUUUUUAAAAAAAGGCGAAAGAACAAAAAAAAGUUUAAACAUGUUAGUUGACCAGGGUGGUUUUGGCCCUGCGUCACGCCUGUUAGUUUGUAGGAGCAUCUGAUUGGCUGGUUGGUGUCCCUGUGCUGAUUGUGAUGAGAUCCACAAUGUGAUUGUCUCUGUCCAUCUCUGCGUAGGGGGAGGGAAGGGGGGGGGGGGGGCUAGGGGGGGCUAGGGGGGGCAGGGCUUGGGCGGCAAUAGCCAAUAAGAUCCACUGAAGACUGUUUACUCCCCCAUCCUGACUGUUUGUCAGGGCAACCUAACUUGCAGGCUACCGAAUGGCCUGUUCUGUGUGUGUAUGUGUUUGUCUGAGACAGAAAAAAGAGUGCAUGUAGCAGUAUGCGUGGAUACGAGUAUCAUGAGUAUAAAUGGGCAUGUUUUCACCUGGCAGCAACCUGCAAGCCUGUUAAUUGUAAACAUAUGCCUCCAUUUUAAUUGUUUAUUUAAUUAACACUUUGUAAACCCAUCAAGAUGUUUGGCUGAAAUCAGAGUACACUCAUGCAUCUACCUGCAGCCUUCUGGACUAUGAGGGAUGGUCAGUGUGGAGUUGAUGCCUCUGAGUGUGUGUGUGUCUGUCCGUGUGUAUGUUAAGAGGGAAAAGAGGUGUCAUACAGCCAUUUAAGCAUAACUCUCCCUCACAUGUGAGAUUGAGAAAGGUGAUUGGUCCUUUAUCGCUGCAACUUGACAUGAGUGUUGAUGUGACAGGCUUUGAUUUAGAAGUCCAGUGACCUUUCUUUUUUUUUUUUUUUCCCUUCUUUCUCCUUAUUGAUUUGUCUUAUGCGUUGUUAGGGGAGGGGAGGGUUGAUCUGCAUGGCUUGUGCUAAAACAUUUGUAAAGAUGAAUGAUGUGGGGGUUGAUAGCAAUGGUCUGUUAUUGUUUUUGAUCAAUUCACUUCUGUAAUGAACAUUUUAUUUUGGUUCUUUUUUUAGUUUGUAAAGAUCUUUUGUGGAGUGUGUAUGUGUAUUCUGGGUUGCUCGUCAAAAUGUGUUAACACAAGAUUUGGAAGUUUGGAAAUGUCUAUCUUCACUUUAGAGUGGAUUUUGUGUGAGGUGAAUGUGUGCUUGAGUCCAUCAGUGUGAUCGCCAUUUUGUUUCUUGACUCCUGGGCAAGUGAGAUUACAUGUGAAAAGGCAACUGUUUAUGUCAGUUUUUAGUUUUGCAAGUUUGUACAAACCAUCUUUAUAUUUAUGUAUUGCGCAUAUAAUCUUGUUACCUUGACAUUUACUGCUAAAUUGUAUCAUGUAAAUAAAAUUAUGUACAGAGAUAUAUGAAA